UUCACUCAUUGAAUGCUACUAAAGUGUACGCCAGCAAAAGCGAAUAGUCGUGCAAGCGGUUGUCGUGUUAAUUAUAUAGAAAAUAAAUGUGUUUAAAAUAUAAUUUUGUGAAAAGAAUUUGAAAGGAACUCCGAGAAAGCAUAUUUACUUGCAUAAUAGAUCAUCUGUAUAUCAACGAAUUAUAAAACAAAGUUCCAGAGAAGAGAGACUCACUUCUCGGAAUAUCCGAUAUACUUUUACUAGGACCGUUUUUUUUUGUAACUUCCUGCAUUCCAAUAAGAAAAGGUGCUAAAUAUUAUGGGAGUUACUGAUACAACUUCAGAAGAUGGUGAUUCAUGCACCAAAAUAACAUUAGAAACAUUUCGUGAAAUUUUUCGCAACAUAGAGCCGGAAGUACAAAUCGAUGCUUUUGAGGAGGAGCAAGGGUCAGGCCGCGGUGACAACUAUACAGCCACUUUAUACCGCACACAUCUUAGUGGGCAGCGAAAGAGCACAACAGACGGUAAAAAACAAAAAUGGGAAAAGAAUUUAAUCUGUAAGCGAUUGCCGGAAGAUGUUCAACGCCGUGAAGCUUAUAAGAGUGAUAAGCUGUUUAGGAAUGAGGUUUUAUUUUAUACGGAAAUAUUACCGGAAUUGUUGAGAUUUCAAUGCACAAAAACGGAAAAGGCUUUUGAAGCUACUCCUAAAUGUUUUUAUGCGCGGGGAGACCUUUUGAUAAUGGAGGACUUACGAGUACGCGGCUUUCAAAUGACUGAUCGUCAGAAGGGUCUUACCUUAGAUGAAACUCGCUUAGUAUUGAAACAGGUGGCUCAAUUCCAUGCUUUAAGCUUGGCGUAUAAGUUUGAAAAACCUGCUCAAUUUGAACGUUUGCGCGCACUUGUAACAGAGGGACUUUUCUGUUCCUCAAAUGAGAAUUGGUACAAAAAUUACUAUGAACGUUUAACAAAGGACGCCAUUAAAAUGGUUUCCGAUGUUUUACCAGAUGAAUCUAAAUAUUUGGAUGCAAUGAGGAAAUUCGCUGGUUGUUCGUCCUUCUUUUCACAAAUGGUUUAUUUAGUGAGUACAGAAUCCGCACUAUCGGCAAUUUGUCACGGUGAUUGUUGGGUCAACAAUUUCCUCUAUCGAUACGAAUGUGUCGAUGAUAUCACAGAUCAAAAAAAUGCUGUUGAGGUUUGCUUAGUGGAUUUUCAGCUGAUACGAUACAGUUCCAUUGCGUUGGAUAUAGCAAAUUUACUAUUUUGUUGCACAACCAAAGCGAUGCGUGAUGAACAUUUAAACGCCUUCAUUAAAUUAUAUACAUCCGAAGUUUUUAGUUGGUUGAAAACAUUGUGCACACACAUACCAGAAUCAUGUGACAGCGCCGACAAGUUUGCAAAAUUAUUUCGCGAGGAACUGAAAACCUAUGGACGUUUUGCGCUUGGUCUUGCUUUGGAUAUAUUACCAAUGUCAACUUGCGCAUCGGAACAUGCACCGGAUAUGUACUUAAAUAUACAUCACGACGAAAUGGAAACUGGUGCGCCAAUUUUGAAUUUUCCGCCCAACGAUCUUUGCCGACGAAAAAUGACCGAUAUAGUCAUUGACAUGGUCGAUAGGGGAAUGCUCUAAUGAGAUGAUUUUCCUGAUACAUAUUACUCUUCGAAAACUAGGCUAACAACUUUUCUGGCAGUACCUAUACGUCAAAAGUUAGAAUCCGGCAUAGCUUAGGUAGCAUAAAUGAAUGUUAACACUGCAAUUAAGUUUCCUUAAGCAUACCUACUACAAUAUAUUGAACUUAAGAAUUACUUUUAGCUGCGGUUUACAAUAUACGUAUUGUAGAAUUGAUAUAAGUAUGUAUGUAUAUGUUUACAUAAUAAUGCACACAAAGAAGAUUAUGUAUAUAUAUACAUAUAAGUACAUUGUUGUAAGCUAAGAUUAUUGGUAGUUACAUGCGUGUUAGAAUAUUGGCUCUUUGAAUAUGCGAUAAUCUCUAACUUAAAUAAUGUAUUUAGUAUACUAAAUUUAAGAACUGUUAAUGCGGUAUGACUGACUUGUUAAAUGAAGUAUUUAAAUUGUAUGUCAUUGCACACUUUCUAAUUAAAAAUUAUUUUCAUAUGUAACUAUUUUAUGUGCAUAAUAUGCAUGUAUAAACGUUUCUAAUUCAUAUUUCGAGCUGUAUUUGCGCACAUCCGAGCACAAUUAAAGACAUGUUAAGCUGCAGGUCGCGUCAGCGAUUAGCAAUGUUGCGGAAACUCUCUGACUAUACCCACGUAUUAAUUCUAUUGCCUAGAAGUAUUAGUUAACUGUAUUUGGUAUUUUUAUUUAAAUGAAAAACUUGUAAUAAAGUGUUAUACAUUUAGUUCGGUAUGAAUCGAUAUAUUACGAAGGGAUAGAAAGGCCUAUGCAUAUAUGUAUGUAUAAGCAUGAGUCUAAAAUUUAAAAACAAACACAAUUUUAUAAAUAUAAACUAUGCGGCUUAAGCGCAGAACUAACUUUUAUUAAGAGUGCUGAAAUAUACUCAAGCGUUUGACUCUUCAAAUUGACAAUAACAAUUUGUAAUUUUUAUAAAUAUUACAUAUUGGCACAUACCAAGGCAUAUCAAACAGGUAGUAACAUUAAGAGCAAAAACAACAUUUGUGUG